AUGCAUUGGUGUUUUGUUUCCUGUUCUCUUCACCACCGGGUCAAAAAUUCCAAAAUGCGCUCCAUUUUGCCCUUGAUCUCGCUCGCAUGCAGCGUUGCUGCGAGCGGCUCCACGGCCCAGGCCACUGUCAAGCCAUUUGAUGCCAGCGCUCUGAGCUUGAGGGAGGUUGGCGCGCGCAACACUUUGGAUUGGCGUAUUUGGUUGGAGCAGGACGGUACCCCGAUUUCUUUCUGGCAUGACAUUCCCCUCUAUCCCCAAGGGAAUGUCUCCAACAUUAUCAACAUGUAUGUCGAGAUUCCGCGAUGGACAGAUGCCAAGAUUGAAACAAAGCGAAACGAGCCUUUGAACCCCAUCUUCCAUGAUGACAAGAAAAAGAAGCCUCGAUUUGUCUUUAGUGUUUGGCCUCAGAAGACGUACCCCUUCAACUAUGGUUCCAUUCCCCAGACAUGGGAGGACUCAACUAUCCCCCACCCUUUUACCGGCUAUAUCGGCGACAAUGACCCGAUGGACAUUUUCGACGUCAGCUCGCUGGAGCCUCCCCAUGUGGGACAAUUGAAGCAGGUCAAGGUCCUAGGCGGACUGGCAAUGAUUGAUGAAAACACAACCGACUGGAAAGUCCUCGCCAUCGAUGUCAAGGAUCCCAUUGCUUCGCUGGUGACCACUGUUGAUGAUUUGGAGAAAUUCCGACCCGGAAGUAAACAGACAUUUUACGACUGGUUCAUUUACUACAAGGUCAUCAAGGGCUCGGGCAAGAACUUCAUCUACGGUGACAAGUUCCAGGAUCCGGACACCAUGCUCGCGAUGAUUCGCGAGAGUAACGAAUUUUGGCGCAAGCUGAUGCGUGGCGAAACGAAAAAGGAAAAGAUCAACCGCGACCAGACGUCGAACCCGCGUUGGUGCAAGACGUUCGUCGCCUCAAGCAACGCUACCGCCAAAUUUAACAUUCCGGCGAAGAGCAACGUCCUGCCCCCGGCCGAGAGGCCUGCGCAGUACGACCGCUGGUAUUAUCUCGACAAGGACUUCAACAUUGCGCCGGGACAGGUGAUUGAAGAGUGA